AUGGAUAUUACAAAGAAACAUAUUAAUAAGGCAAUUAACAGAAUAUCAGCAACUAACCAAAGUGAAAUUGUAGCAGAACUUGAUCAUAUCAUGAAAAACACAGAUUCGAAUACACUAUCUAACUACUUGUACUUUUAUGCAAAAACAGCAGUGGAUCAGGCAGCAAGUCAAACAAGUGACCUUAAAAAGGUGCUGCCUUAUAUUCAGGUCACCUGUGAAUUGACUAACAAUUUCCCAGCAAUAUUGGAUAGUGCAAUAGGAUAUAUACAUUUCAAUUCUGGGUUUACUAUGCCAAUUAAUUCAGAAAUUGGAUCUAACAGUCAAAUUACUGAUUUCAAAAAAAUUGGAUACAAGGAAGUGGAUGGGAAAUUGGAGAAUCGAAUACAAUUCAUGAACAGAAUGAACGAUAUCAUUACUGUCUAUGCCAUGAUCAUUCAGCACAAUCCACCAGGUCAUCAAUAUGGUAUCGAUAAGGGUUGGGAAUGGAUUGCUGCCAUACUAAACUCGCAACAUCACUUAUUCACUAUUGAAAUUUUGGAUUCAUUUCUUGGAAUUGCUGCUUACAAAAUGUACCAAACCUACAAGUCAAAAUUUGUUAAAAUUUUGGAAUUUAUUCGAAUUCAUUUGCUCACCAAACCACCAACUGACUCUGAUAAGGGCUCCAUUUUCAGACUAACUAUUUUAAUUGAGAAUUUUCAAAAGACUAAUGAAAUACCAAAGCCAUGUUUUCUUGUCUGA